CUUCACCCAAAUUUCCGGUCAUUAUGACUACUCGCGGCAUCUUCUUCCUCGCUACUCUAGGCGCUGUUGCAGCCAACUCACUCGGUCGUCGGGAUGAGCUCGACAGUGGUAAUGCUGACAAGUGGCCCCCUUAUAAUGCGACGGGUGGUAAGGCUUGGCAGAGCGCCUUCACGAAAGCCAGCAAGCUCGUUGCGCAGAUGACCCUCGACGAGAAGGCCAACCUGACCAGUGGUGUCACCGGACGCUGCGCCGGGACAUUAGGCAGCGUGGAACGUUUUGGUAUCCCUGAAUUCUGCUUGCAGGAUGGUCCCGCUGGUGUUCGCCCUGUACAUGGCGUCUCUCAAUUCCCCGCUGGACUCACCACUGCUGCCACAUGGGAUCGCGACUUGAUCUAUGCUCGUGCGGCUGCCAUGGGACAAGAGUUCUACGACCAGGGUGUCCAUAUCGCUCUGUCUCCGGUGACCGGCGGUCCUCUGGGUCGUGCCCCACGCGGAGGCCGGAAUUGGGAAGGGUGGUACGCUGAUCCGUACGCCACGGGCGAGGCGAGCUACUUGUCGGUCCUAGGCUUACAGUCCUCGGGAACCCGCGCGACGUCGAAGCAUUUCAUAGCAUAUGAGCAGGAGACGUUCCGUAAUGCCUACGGCAACUUGGAAUCCUACGACAUCUAUCCUGUCAACGUGCAAUCCCCGAUCGACUCCAUCAUCGACGAUAAGACGACCCACGAGCUCUAUCUCUGGAGCUUCGCGGAGGCUGUCCGUGCUGGAACCGCUCAUGUUAUGUGCUCCUAUAACGAGGUCAACGGAAGUCAUGCUUGCAAUAAUGCGUACACCCAGAAUCAUCUGCUGAAGACCGAAUUGAACUUCCAAGGGAGUGUUAUUAGUGACUGGGGAGGACAGCAUAACGCCAUUGACUCGGCACUCGGCGGGCUGGAUGUUUCCAUGCCCGGAACUGGUUUCGGUGGAUGGGGCGGCGAACAGUGGAUGAACAUCACCGACUUCAUCAAGAAUGGCUCGAUCCCGGAGUCGCGCGUGGACGACAUGAUCAUCCGUACUCUGAUGCCUUAUUUCUGGCUAGGCCAGGACACGACCCCCCUGCCCGAUGUUGUCUACAAUGCGAACUCGUUCUUUGUAGCACCCGAUGUCUACAAAAACGUACGCAAGAACACGACCAGGGGUCUUAUCCGCGAGAUCGGCGCGAACGGUAUUACUCUGCUGAAGAACACGGGUGGCCUCCCACUUAACAAGCCUGAUCGCAUCGCUGUGAUUGGAACGGACGCUGGUGAUAGUGAGAUUGGUCCCAACCUCUGUGGCGAGGCUGACACUGCUUGCCUGCCUUCCGUCAACAACGGCACGAUGAGUCUCGGCGGUGGUUCUGGUUGGGCUUAUGCUCCGCACAUCGUCACUCCCCUCGACGCGUUGAAGGCUCGUGCGAUUGCGGACGAUAGCGAGAUUGGUUGGAUCCUCACGGACCAUGACAAUACCUCCAUCCAAACUCUUGCUCCUGAAUCCGAUGUUACUCUCGUCUUUGUCCGGUCUUUCGCGACCGAAGGAGCUGAUAGACAAACCCUAUCACUUGACCACGACGGUGACGCCCUCAUCGCCGCCGCCGUCAACUCCUCAAGCAACGUCAUCGUUGUGAUGCACAUUCCCGGUGUCGUUGACGUCGAGAAGUGGGUCGACAACGAGAACGUCACGGCUAUCGUCGCUGCGUGGAUGCCUGGACAAGAAUCUGGCAACUCGUUGGUCGACGUUCUGUAUGGCGAUGUCAACCCCAGCGGGAAGCUUCCAUUUACAUGGGGCAAGUCGGAAGAUGAUUAUCCUCCUAACACCAUCAUGGAUGACCCUGUCCUCGAACCCGUCACCAACUUCACCGAGGGUCUCUUCAUCGACUACCGUUGGUUUGACUAUAAGAACAUCACUCCCCGCUAUGAAUUCGGCUUUGGUCUCUCAUACACCACUUUCGAGUACUCUGACCUGACAUUCGACGAGACAAUCAAAGCCGAUAACACUUCUGUCAUGGACACUGCCGAACCUUUCGAAGAUUGGGACGGCACCAACUCCAUCUACGACACUGUUGCUACUUAUACUGCCACCAUCACCAACACUGGCAAUGUUACCGGUAGCGAAGUCGCACAACUCUAUGUCUCGAUCCCCGAGGCGGACCAACCCGUCCGUGUCCUCCGUGGAUUUUCCAAGGUGAAGGAUUUAGCCCCUGGCGCUUCGGCGGCUGCGACGUUCGCGCUUAGGCGGAAGGAUUUGAGUGUCUGGUCCGUCGAGAAGCAGACUUGGUAUAUUCCGGACGGGACGUUCACCAUCUCCGUUGGCGCUAGCUCCCGCACUCUUCCUCUGACCACCACCUGGUCAUCUUCAUAACUUCAGUCUUUCGGUAGCGUUCACCACGAAAAAAUCUCCCUCCCUCCCCUAUUUUUUUUACAAUAAUGUGUUGAGACGACCAAUCAAGAGUUUGAUAAUCGAUCAACGAUAUCUAACGUGACGUA